AUGGCUCCAGAACCAUAUAACAUCUCCGUCCCCCAGGAGAAAAUCGACAAGCUGAAGACGAAGCUGUCUCUCGCCGAGUUUCCCGAUGAGCUGGAAGCUUCGGAAUGGGACCUGGGUGUUCCAUUGGCAGACAUGCAACGUCUGACCAAAGCCUGGGAGCAAUGGGACUGGAGACAAGCAGAAGAGAGACUCAACAAAGCUCCUCAAUACCACACCGGUAUCAAAGUAGAUGGCUUCGAUGAGCUAGAUAUACAUUUCAUCUGGCAAAAGAGCCCAGGCCCGGCCUCCUUCAUAGAAGCCCUCCCCAUCCUCCCCCUCCUCGCCGACCCCGCCGGCCCAGCAUUCCACAUCGUCGCGCCCUCCCUCCCCAACUACGGCUUCUCCUCCAGCGUCAAGACCCGCGGCUUCGCCGCCAAACAAUACGCCGAGACGUGCCACAAACUGAUGCUCUCGCUCGGCUACAACGAGUACGUCACCCAAGGCGGCGACUGGGGCUUCUUCAUAACGCGCACGAUCGGCCACCUGUACCCCGCCUCCUGCAAAGCCUCGCACAUCAACCUCGUGGUCGCGUCCGCGCCCUCGUUCACCGCGAACCCGCUGCUGGCCCUGCAGCACACGCUCACGCCGUACACGGCGCAGGAGAAGGCGGGGCUGGCGCGCACGGCGUGGUUCGGCGCCGAGGGACGCGGGUAUUUCGUCGAGCAGAGCACCAAGCCGCAGACACUGGCGUAUGCGUUGAAUGAUAGCCCCGUGGCGCUGCUGGCGUGGGUGUAUGAGAAGCUGCACGACUGGACCGAUGGGUACAAGUGGACCGAGGAGGAGCUGUUUACCUGGGUCAGUGUGUAUGCGUAUAGUCGCGGGGGACCGGGGGCUGCGCAUCGCAUAUAUUAUGAGAUGUCGCAUCCGCGGGAAGGUGCUGUUGCGAGUGAUGUGGUGUCGAAGUAUAUUCCCCAUGUGAAGUUGGGACUUGCGUAUAACCCGCAGGAGCUCGCCGUCCUGCCCAAGUCAUGGUGCAGAACCAUGGGACCCGUUGUCUACGAGGCGGAAAACGAAUCCGGUGGGCAUUUCUACGCAACCGAGAAGCCGGAAUACCUGGUUCGGGACCUGAAGACGAUGUUUGGCAAGGACGGUGGUGCGUACGGUGUUGUGGAGGGGAAGAGUGGAUAUGAUUGA